AUGUGUUGUCCAGCUCUCCUGUGGACGGUCCUUCUCGCCCUUCCACUCUCCACCAGUCAGUCCUGCACCCAAGCUAAAAAAACGGAGUGCGAAGGUGCAGAGUUUGCUCCCGGGUCCAACCUGGCUGGAGAAGGUUUUGACAUCACUAAGAUGCAACGUAAAGGAGCUUUUGUUAUUGACAUGAACAAAUGGCAGCAGAAGGACAAGACCUGCACCCUGUGCGGAAACCCUUAUAUGGAAAAUAAGAAGCAGAAGCUCCCAGUGUCUGUGGUGGACUGGCGGCCGAGUCACAAAUGCAGCAUGAAGGUGUCCAGCACGCUCUACCAGACCAGUGAGGCUCUGGUCAGCUCUACCACAUCAUCUAUCGAGAACAACUGGAAAGCAGACCUGGGAUUAGAAACCUCGCGUUAUUCCGGAUCACUGAUGCUGGGGGGGACCAAUUCUAAGAUGGCUGAGUAUUCCAUGGAAAAGACCAAGAAGGACAAAUUCAGCUUCACGAGCCACAGAACCUCAUGUGAAUACUACAGCUAUAGACUUUCCAGCACUCCAUCCUUGCACAUAGAGUUCAAACGAGAAUAUGGAAGACUUCCUAAGAGCUACAAUGAUCAGACCAAACAUAACUACUACAAGCUCAUUGACAAGUUUGGCACCCAUUACCUAACCAAGGUAACCCUGGGUGGGACAGUGCACUCAGUGACCAGUAUCCAGCAAUGCCAGGCAGCACUGAAUGGCCUGAGCACUGAUGAAGUGAAGACAUGCCUGGAUGUGGAGGCGUCAGCCAGUGUGACUGGAAAGGGCAACUCAAAGGCCGAGUUUCACCACUGCAAGGAAGCCAAGGACAAGACCGAGAGCAAGAGCAGCUUCUCCAGCAGAUACAGUGAUAGGUUCACAGAGAUCUCCGGUGGUCACACCACAGAGCCUGAUAUCCUCUUCUCUGCAGAUAAAGACCCAAAUGCUUAUAAGCAAUGGCUCUCCUCCGUGCCUCAGAACCCGGAUGUCAUCUCCUACUCCCUCGAGUCUCUUCAUGAGCUGCUGCCCAAAAAACAGCCUAUCAGACAGCAUUUGCGCAAAGCCAUCACCGACUACAUUGUGCAGAGAGGCCUAUGGAAGAACUGCUCUGAGCCAUGCAAAGCUGGAAUCAAGACCAACCCCAAAGAAUCUUGUGUCUGUAGUUGUCACAACAACCCUAAAGUGACUCUUAAUUGUUGCCCCAGGAGAAAAGGCCUUGCUGAGGCGAAUGUGACUGUGAUCAGAGCAAGUGGUCUGUGGGGUGACUACCUUAAAAAGACUGAUGGUUACGUCAAGGUGCUUCACAAAGGCAAGGUGAAACUCGACGAGACUCCAGUGAUCUACAACAACAAUGCACCACACUGGGGAAGAACCAGCAAUCUUGGCACCAUAUUGCUGGCUGACUUUGGCAAGUUAAGAUUAGAGGUGUGGGACAGGGAUAACAAAUGGGAUGAUGAUUUACUUGGCGCUUGUGAGAUAGACCUGAAACAUGGAGUGCAGGAGAAUUUCUGUAGUCUAAACCAUGGCAUACUGUACUACAAAGUACAGGUGAGCUGUGGCCCGAGCUUGUCUGGACCCACAUGUUCAGAGUACGUCCCCUCUCCCAUACCAACUCACCUGGAAAAGAUGUAUGUUUCCCGUCACGCCCAGCGAGUUCCAAAAAAGAUACUGGUUGGAAUGGGGGUUCUUCUAAACGAGCAUGUGCAUUAUUAUAAUCAAAGCAGAGCCCUCAGUAGUUACACAUUUCGUUUGUAA